UUUUUUUUUUUGAAAGAAAAUUCCUGAAUUGCUGCCCUAGAAUUUGUGGACUAUUUUGUGGGCCUAUUGCCGAUCUCUUGCCUCUUUGCUCCCUUUUGGUUGCGUUGGUGCUCAGUCGGGGCCGCCCCUGAUUAUUUUUGCGUUGCUCGGACGCUCUGGACCAGAACCUGUGAUACAUACGGACCGUCCUCUGUGCAUAGAACUCUGUGUUGUUGUUUUUUUUCUUUUUUUAAAGCGAUGAACAAAGGCUAUUUUUUGAUAGAUUUUUGAAAAUCUUUGCUAUAAAUAAUUUUGUAAAUCCAGAUAUCUAUAGCGCUAUUUUAUGGCAGCAAACAUGGCGGCUUCUAACUGGGGGCUCAUCAUGAACAUUGUGAACAGCAUCGUGGGAGUGAGCGUGCUGACCAUGCCCUUCUGUUUCAAACAGUGCGGCGUGGUGCUGGGGACCCUGCUUCUCAUGCUCUGCUGCUGGAUGACCCACCAGUCCUGCAUGUACCUUGUGAAAACAGCCAGUAUGAGCAAGCGCCGGACCUACGCCGGUCUGGCUUUUCAUGCCUAUGGCAAGGCAGGGAAGAUGUUGGUGGAGACCAGUAUGAUUGGACUCAUGUUGGGGACCUGCAUUGCAUUCUAUGUCGUGAUCGGAGACCUCGGUUCCUCCUUCUUUGCCCGGUUGUUUGGACUGCCGGUGACGGAAGGUUUCCGCAUUUUCCUCUUGUUCGCAAUUUCACUGUGCAUUGUCCUACCACUCAGCCUGCAGCGCAACAUGAUGGCUUCCAUCCAGUCUUUCAGUGCCAUGGCGCUUAUGUUUUACACGGUUUUCAUGUUUGUGAUCGUGCUGUCCUCCUUCAAGCAUGGCCUUUUCAGGGGUCAGUGGAUGAAUGAGGUCAGUUAUGUACGCUUCGAGGGUGUCUUUCGUUGCAUACCCAUCUUUGGCAUGUCUUUUGCCUGCCAGUCACAAGUCCUGCCCACGUACGACAGCCUUGACGAACCCUCGGUCAAAACCAUGAGCUCCAUCUUUGCUUCAUCUCUGAAUGUUGUGACUGGAUUCUAUGUCGUGGUGGGCUUCUUUGGGUACGUCAGUUUUACGGACACCAUUGCCGGUAACGUACUGGUGAACUUUCCCUCAAACCUGGUGACGGAAAUGAUUCGGGUGGGAUUCAUGAUGUCUGUGGCUGUUGGGUUUCCUAUGAUGAUCCUGCCGUGCAGACAAGCACUGAACACGCUGCUGUUUGAGCAACAACAAAAAGAUGGCACCUUCACUGCCGGCGGAUACAUGCCACCCCUACGCUUCAAAGCCUUGACGUUAGUGGUCGUGUUUGGCACCAUGUUGGGGGGAAUUCUGAUACCAAAUGUGGAGACCAUCCUUGGAAUGACUGGCGCCACUAUGGGGAGCCUGAUCUGCUUCAUCUGCCCUGCCAUCAUCUAUAAGAAGAUCCACAAGAAGGGCCUUGCAUCUCAGUUUAUCUUUGGCGUCGGCCUUGUCAUUCUGGUGAUCAGCACUUAUACAACUUUGACCGUCCAGGAGGAGCCAUCCGUACAGAUCAAACCUGAUCUCCAGGGAAGAGAAGGGUUUAAAGAGGGGGAACUGGAGGAGGACAUUCCCAAAAUAUCAGUCCAGAAACCAGUUGUGGAAGAACCAGCAGAUGACCGGGACAAACCCAAGCUGCCCCCAGAGCAGGGAGGGGUGGAGCAGCCCCAGAUCAAAGGACCUAUGGAUGUUCCACAAAAAGAGGAGGGGAAGAAGAAACAGCAAGAAGUGCAACUUGUCCGACCCGAUCAAGGCGUUGCCGUCCCGGUUGGUGAUGCUCAUAGACAUGAACCUCCUGUCCCACGGGAUGAUGUCCGUGAAGAUGAGCAGAAGGAUGAGGAGGAGUCUGAGGAGAAGAGACUGCCAGAGGCUGAGGUCAGAGACGCUCCAAGGGAUGAAAAACAGGAGGAAAAAGAAGUUCAACCAGAACAAAAAGAGCAACUUCCAGCAGAAAAGGAUGUGAGAGACCACGAACUGGCCCUCCAGCAGCCCGCACAGCCAGAAGGCCUACCCAACAAAGAGCCGGAGAAGGUCCCAGUAAAAGAAGACCUGGAUGUCCUGCCAGCAGACCGAGAUCAGCAGCCUGUAAAGAAAGUCGAUGAGGCUGAUGACCUGAAGAACAUAGACGUCGUAGCCGGAGAGCCACCAAAAAUUGAUCUCGCCUUGGCCGAGAAAGUCCUCGAGAAGCAGCUCAGAGAAGAUGAGAAGAAAGAGAAAGCACCUGACGACACAGGACCUGAGCAGCGUGAUGUGAGAAAUGUCGAGAUGAAGGCUGUUGAAAACCAAGAAGAAGCUGGCAAAGCCGAGAUGUUGGAUCACGCCAUCCUGCUACAAGUCAUCAAAGAGCAGCAGGUGCAGCAGAAGCGUCUCCUGGACCAGCAGGAGAAGCUGCUGGAGGUGAUCAAGGAGCAGCACCUGGAAAUUCACCAGGGGCAGCAAGGUGACAAAGUGGAAGGGCAUGCUGUGGAGAAUCCCAAGAACAUAGAAGAUGUUAAGGUCGGAGAGGUAGAGAAAGACGCAGUCAUUGAGAAGGAGCCAGCUUCAGAUUUACAGCAGAAAGAAACAAAAAAGGAGGCUGAUAAAGUUGCCAUCCCUGCACCUGAAAAGCCAGCAGUGGAAAAUAUUGAGCUGGAGAUGGGCAAAGAUCUGGACAAGGUAGUGAAGGUUCAGAGGCCUGAGGUCAAAAAGCGUGACGACGAACCCAUCGCUCAGAAAGUUGAGCCACAGAUAAACGAAGUUCUUGCACCAGCAGAAAAACCAGUUGUGGAAAAAUUCAACGUACAAAAACCUGCACAGGAAGAAAUGAAGAUCCAAGACCAGGUUCUUCACAAAGAUGAAGACCUUGUGAAACAAGCUGAGGUAGUAAAAGCAAAGGAGAACAAAGUUGUGCUGGACUCUCCCGACAAGGAUCUAAAGAUAAGGGAACAUCCUCCUGCGGAGAACGUCCUUAAAGCAGGAGCUGACACUUUAGAUCAGCAGAAGAGACAAUCUCAAGAUGGACCAAGAGCCAAAGAAGUGGUUAAAGCUCAGCGUUCAGAUAUGGACCUACAGAAUCGAGGCCAAAACCUCCAACAGGUACAAGAAGUGGCAAGACCUGGAGACUCCAUGGUUGGAGACAGCAAAGUAGGGGCUGGACCAGAAGUUAAAAUGGAUGAGGCUGUACUAGACAAUGAUCAGGGGAAGCCAAAGAGGGACCUGAAACUACAAGACGACUUGGAGCUUAGGAGAAAGAAGAGAGACCUUGAGAUUGAAGAACCUAUGGAGAAGGAUGGAACUCAUAUUAUUGGUUUUAACCACGCACCCGAUCCAAGAGUUAAUGACCUUCAUGCAGCCCUAGAGACACAUCUUAAUGCGGCGGCUGAGGCCGGUCUGCAGGUGGUGUACAGCCGGCAGAUCAAGCAGGUUGUGGAAAAGGAGGAAAGAUGAUGACCGUGGAUGGUGGCUCCACAUUACGUGAGGCUUACCGAGAACUUCACAGGCCUGGUUGUCCUAGGACUCUUACAAGGAGUGAUGGAGUUAAUGUGAGAAGUUUUGGAAUUUUGUGUUGGCUACUCCUAGAGAUAUAGGUGGUCAGGAUUGAUGAUGAGGAACUUUUCAUAAAUAUGCUGCAAACUCAACCAGUACUGUAUGUCUCAGGUAUUGUUACUCCCCAGGUCAGAUCUUGAGAAAAGCACACCUUCAGAAGCAAGGGGGUUCAGUGAUGGAAGGUAACCAGUGUCCUACCGUCUACCCAUUGCAGUGAUGAAUCAAACCUUGCCUUUAUUUCAGGAGAUGUCUGAAUUUGUCUCUUCCAUCAGGUCAUUUUAUCACUCGAGGAGUGACGCCUUCAGAACUGAAAUGCACUUUUCUGAUGAGGAGGUGAUCGCUUCCUAUCCAUGUGCCUUUACCUUAAUGUUAUUCUGUGCUGUGUGUGAAUGUUUGUCCUCCUGACUCCAUAUAUUAAACAUGGCCACCCAA